CCGGCUCACACAAAGUGAGAUGUUGUGCUUUAUAAUAAGGUGAAGACUCAGAAGAGAAACUCGCUGUAAGUGUGACUGUCCUCUCUGUCUGGACGUGCUGAUCAUGUGAACAACAGGGCACGGACUUUAAAGUUUUCAGCACGCAACCCCUGUGUGACCCUAUGAUGAGCAGCAAAGUAGCAAUGGGCCGCCUGCAGGUCCUUCAGAUCUACCGCCUGCUGCAGUGCGUCCAUGAAGGGGAUAAGGUGCAGAUAGAGAAGAUGGUGAACCUUGGGGUGGAAAACCUCAUCAAUCUCACUGAGCCAAAGGACGGCACAGGGGUGCUUCACGUGGCAGUUUCAGCCAACAAUCAGGACUUGGUCAGCUUCCUUCUCUCCCAGGGAGCACACCCCAACAUGCAGGACAAGAGGGGCCGCACCCCAGUCAUGUUAGCUGCUGAGCUGGGCAAUGAUGUCAUAGUGACACUGCUGGCCCAGAGCCAUGCUGACUUGAGGCUCCAAGACAGUGAGGGUAAAGGUGUGCUGUUCUACUGUAUCUACCCCACCAAGCGCCACUCUCGCUGCCUGCAGGUAGCACUGAAGUGCCAGGCAGACGUCAACAAUGUGUCAGCGCAGGGGACUCAUGUUUUCCAGCUGAUGUGUGAAAGAGCCCAGGAGUGUACCCCAAUGUGUCUCAUCAUGUUAAAUGGAGGGGCUGACCCCAAUGCAAUAGAUCAGAAAACCAGUGUCACAGCAUUGAUGGAGGCAGCCAGGGCUGGCUCCUUGCAGCUCGUUAAAGCCAUUCUCAGGAAAGGAGGAAACCCCAACGCUCUGGACAGAAAACGUCUCACUGCAGUACACUAUGCCGCCAUGGGGGGCUUCUUUGAGGUGAUUCAGGUGUUGUCUGCACACUCAGCAGACAUGGGUGUGAUCAACCUAGAGGACUGCACAGCUCUACACUACGCUGCAGCCAUGGGAGAUGCUAACUGCUGCAAGUUCCUGGCACAGAGAGGUUGUAACCCCAAACUGAGGAGCCAGGAAGGUUUGCUGCCACGUCAGAUUGCCAAAGACGCUGGUCACAAAGCAGCAGCCAAGGAGCUUAGGAAAGCAGAGCGGCAACAGGGAAAAGGCAACAAAUCCAGCAGUGUCACCCUCAUGUCAGAUCCUUGGAGCCUGACCCUCCACGACUGGUCUCAUGAGUACGAGGCUGAAUUACGGCAAGCCUUUGGGAACAAAUCAGACACAGUUACCACUGAGAUGUUUAUUUCAGUGUUAGAAGAACUAAAAGCUCCUGUUGAACUAGACCAGCUCCAGACAGUCAUCUCAGCCCAUGAUAAGGGAAAAGAGGGGUGUAUCAACAUCAGUGAUUUCAUCAAAGGUGUCAAGUACAUCAAGAAACCAUUCCUCCUCUCCUCGUACAUGCCUAAAAAGAAAAAAGGAGAAAAGGGAGGAAAAGGAGGUAAGAAGAAGGGUAAAUUUGUCCUCCCCAUGCCCAUUUGUACCCUCCCUCAGGAGCUAAUGCCCCGGCGACCAGACGGGGGCCCACCCCAUUUCAUGAUUGAGACAUAUUACAACCGCUCAGACAUCAGCCGAUUUGACCGUGAUCACCCACCAGAACAUCCUAUAAUGAACGAUUCAGGAUGGUAUGUAGAACAGCCACAGAAGGUCUAUGUCAAUAUCAACUACUGUGUGAAAAGUGGAGACCUGGAGUCUCUGGACCUCGCUCUCAGUCAGGGGGUUCCUGUGGAUGUUCAAGACCAGUUUUACAAGACCCCGCUGAUGGUGGCCUGCUCCAGUGGCAACUAUGAAGUGGCUCAGUACCUCCUCAGUAAGGGGGCGGAUGUGAAUGCGUGUGACCAAUUCUUCUGGACCCCCCUCCACCAUGCGGCUCAUGCUGGCCAAGUGGAACUUAUAGAGCUUCUGGUGGAGGCCGGGGCCAACAUAGACGCACGGGCCCUCAGUGGAGGCACACCCCUCAUGAGGGCCAUCGAGAGCUCUCAACCCUCCUGUGUGGACUUCCUCAUCAAGGCAGGCGCCAGUGUCAAUGCAGAGAACAAGAAAGAACAAAACUGCCUGGACAUUGCCAGAGCUUUUGCAGACUCCAGAAUAAUCGACUUGGUCAAAGACAAAAUGGAUUCUCUGCCUAAACCAAAGGAGACAGCGAAGGGAAAGGGGGGCAAAGAUCAAAAGCCUAAACCUGCUAAACCAAAGGGUGGUUCUGCAGAAGGUGCAGGUACAUCGACUGCCACAACAGCAGGGAAGACUCCUCCUCAGAACGAUUCAAAGAGUGUCAUCCUGCAAAACACCAGGAUCACUACAGGGAAAACCAACACUGUGGACAUCACCUUUGUGCCAAAAACGGUUUGGGGUAAGCCACCCACAACCAGCCAGCUGAUGUCAAAGAUAGAGAGACGGAAGGAGCUUCUAUCCCUCGAGGUGGACUUUGAUGACUUCAUGAUGCCUUUCAGCCAGAACAUCCAGAGGAAAACACUGGAGCUGGCAAAAACCACAGAGUAGACCCAAAGGAGGUUAGACAGCAAGAGACAGACAUUUUGGAAUCUUAGAGCCCUAUUUAAAUUAUCUAUAGCUCAUGGUCUAAAGUGCAGUUAGGGCAUGUCCAACUCCACUUUGCUAGUUAAAUGGAGCAUAAUAAAAAGUAAAAGGCACAGGAGGCAUCCUGAUCAGAUGCCCGAACCACCUCAACUGAUCCCUUUCGAUAUGAAGGAGCAGCAGCUCUACUUCAAGCUCCCUCCGAAUGCCCGAGCUCCUUACCCUAUCUCUGAGGCUGAGCCCAGCCACCCCUCGGAGGAAACUCAUUUCAGCUGCUUGUAUCUGCAAUCUCAUUCUUUCAGUCACUACCCAUAGGGCUCAUGACCAUAGGUGAGGGUUGGGAUGUAGAUUGACCAGUAAAUCAAAAGCUUUGCCUUCCAGCUCAGCUCUCUCGUCACCACAACGAACCGGUGCAGUGCCUGUAUCACUGCAGAAGCCGCACCAAACUGCCGAUCCAUCUCACGCUCCAUUCUACCUUCACUUGUGAACAAGACCCCGAAAUACUUCAACUCCCUCGCUUGAGACAGUAACUCUCCCCAAACCCAGAGAGGGCAAUCCACCAUUUUCCGGCAGAGAACCAUUGCCUCAGAUUUGGAGGUGCUGACUCUCAUCCCAACCAUUUCACAGUCGGCUGCAAACAAACUUAUCUGUUUUAUAAUCCUACAGAGGAAACAGAAUCAAUAUAGCAGCUUUUAGGUAUUUCUCUGUUGUUUGCUAGCAGACGGAAGUGACCAGAGGCACAUUCACAAAAAAACAAAGUAAUCAGUGAAGUUAUGCUGCUCCUCCUGUGUAAAUGUGCACAGCUCCUGCUCUUAAUAUGGAGUCUGACAGCAGCUCUGCGGCUCUGCUCUGAUCUCUGCUACAUUCACAUUUUACUCAUUGUCAUUAAUAUUAUCCUCAUUAAUGAUGUAUUAGUGUAAGCAUGUUGUGAAUCCAUCUAUGUAGGUGCAACUUCCUAUCUGAAUAAUAAUGAGCUGGCUGUUCAAAUGAAACUAGCAACAGCAGUUGCACUGUGCUAUGCACUGCUUUUUGACAGGUGUAAGAUAGGGUCCUGAGCCUGAGCUGUUAUCUGAGCUGGCCGGCCUCCUUUAAUAAUUAUAGAUACUGCAUUUACUUUGGGUUUAUCUUUGAAUUAAUCAUUGCAGCUGCUUUAAUCAACACAGUUAGACAUCAUGUUACUAAACCUUGUUAAAACAAUCUCAUUAUAUAGGAAUACAUUUUUGAGGACAAUACAAUGUAAAUUCAUCAAGCUAACUUAGCAAAGGUAGAAUUCACUUUUGUGAAUAAUCAAAUGACAAAGUCAUGCAGAUAAUAAGAAUGUGAACAUUCACUUAAAAAUAAAGAUAAUUCUUAGGUAUAUACCACUCACUACUGUGAAUCCACAAUGCUCUGCUGGAAUUGACUGUAUCUCUUGGAAGCUGUAAAACAAAACUCUAACAAAUCUAACAGACAUAUAUUUGUCAGUACACUGGAACAUGUACUGAUUGUAAAGAUUUUGUACAUAAAUACAGAAUUGGUGGCUGCUGUGCUUAUUUUGCUUUCAGUCUGGUUCUGUUCAUCUAGUGCACACCACACAUAACCCAACCUUUAAUUCUUCCUGCCUCCAACUACGUCACUGUUGGGUCAAAUGAUGGAACUGGAUGCAAUAAGAAUGCGGAUUCUGCUGCUGCUUUGCUGUAUCUUUCAAUACAGCACGCACUGAAGAAUGCAUUGCUACAAUCAACUACGUUUACCAUCAACACUGAUUGAGAAUUUUCCUUUUAAUGGCCAAGAGGAAUUACUACAGCUAACAAACCCUGUUACAGUGUUUAUGUAAGCAGCUCAACAUUGUUUACAGACAGAUGCACAAAAUGUAUCCCGAUAGAGCAACUGAAUGAAGCUGCACUGACAGACAUACACACAAGUGACAGCAUGAUGCUGCUACCACUCACUUUCUUUCUUUCUUUCUUUCUUUCUUUCUU